AGCAACAGUAUCGAGGAGGCUUUAGCCACAGAGGGAAAGAAAGAAAGCGAAAGCGAGAGCGGAGGACGAACGAACACAAGAUGAGCGGAGUGAACGAGCCGUUGCCCGAUGGCAACCCGAUUUAUGGGCCGUUCUUCGGCGUGAUGGGGGCCGCAUCGGCCAUCAUAUUCUCCGCCCUGGGGGCAGCCUACGGCACUGCCAAGUCAGGCACCGGAAUCGCAGCCAUGUCUGUGAUGAGGCCUGAGCUCAUCAUGAAAUCUAUCAUUCCUGUUGUCAUGGCGGGUAUCAUCGCCAUUUACGGUCUAGUCGUGGCCGUCCUCAUCGCCGGAGCUCUCGAGGAUGCAAAAAAAUACACCCUUUACAGAGGAUUCGUUCAUCUCGGUGCUGGAUUGGCGGUCGGCUUCUCUGGUCUCGCCGCGGGUUUCGCCAUCGGCAUCGUGGGUGACGCCGGUGUCAGAGGAACGGCCCAGCAGCCGCGUCUCUUCGUCGGUAUGAUCCUCAUUCUCAUCUUCGCCGAGGUUUUGGGUCUCUAUGGUCUCAUCGUCGCCAUCUACCUGUACACUAAGCAAAAUUGAACAACUCGAUCGCGACGCUCUACAAAAGGAAAAUCCAAGUCAUGAUUUUCUCUCGCGAUUCCUACGCUUAUUAUCUCCAAUUGUUUGUUGAGCCUACAUUGCUUAGUUGAAAUGCGCCAACGAUUGUACAAUUAUACAUAUACAUAUAUAUAUAUAUAUAGAGAGAGAGAGAGAGAAAGAGAGAGAG